AUGGCGGAUUGGUCGAAGCUCUCGACAGAUGUGUUGGGUCUGAUCCAUGAUAAACUCUCUAUUCCCGAUUGCAUACGUCUCAAAGCUGCUUGCAAGAGUUGGAACUUGGCCUUUAAGUUCGAGCAUCAUUGUACACCAAAGUUGCAAUCCCCAUGGCUCAUGUUGCCUGAUCACAACGAUACCGUGGCUUCGUUCUUCUCCAUCGCAGACAAGAAAAUAUACAAGGUUCCAUGCCCGGAACCUAUGAUCAGACGCCGGAUUUGUAUCGGUUCAUGUCACGGUUGGCUGAUCACCGUGGACGAUAAUUGCAACAUGCACCUCUUGAAUCCACUCACCGGCGUCCAAAUUCCGCUUCCUUCGGUGACAACCUUACCCUUUGUUAUAAUCGUUCGGGAUUCCCAAGAACGAAUCAACCAAUUCAUGAUAGGCGAGCAACAAACAAAUGGCGAUGUGGUUUAUCUGGCGUACUCUGUAUGGCGUAUGCGUCGCUUCUUCUUCCACAAGGCUGUACUCUCGAUGGCUCCCGAUGCAGACGGUAAUUUCACCGUCGUGAUGAUCUAUAGUGUUCGGAAGCGGCUAGCCUUUGCUCGAGCUGGUGACGAGGCUUGGACAUCCAUACAAACACCUCAUGGCUUUCACGAUGUGAUUCACUGCGAUGACAAAUUUUACACCGCUAGCCAUGGCGGCACAGUCAUGGCAUGGGAGCCAAAUGGACUUGCCAUCGUGUCUGAGAUCAUCUCCUCAGACAUAGAUGAAGCUUAUAUAGGAUGCGUGAUGUACUUGGUCGAGUCGCCAAAUGGUAAUCUGAUGCUGAUCGCUAGGCACGCCGGUGAGGGUCCUAUCAUCUCGCAUACUAGUCUAUUUUUGGUGUUUGCCCUGGACGAACAGGACCUCCGGUGGAAGAAGGUGAAGAGCUUGCACCGGCAAACAUUAUUUUUGGGCAGCAAUCAGUCCAUGUUCCUAUCUGCCGUAGACUUUCCGGAGUUGAAACACAACUGUAUCUACUUCACUAAUAACAUAUUAGAGUUUUGCGCCUACUUUCAGUAUGCAGAUAGUGACAUAGGAACAUUCAACAUGGAGAGUAAAAAGAUCGAGCCAAUAGAUCAUCUUGGUCGUCACUUGAAUUGGCCUCCUUCAGUUUGGUUCUUUCCAAGUCUAUCAUGAGCUAGCAUUGUGUAGGUCUUGCUACAUCAAUUUGUCAUGAAUUUUCUUGUCUGUGUUAUGGGAGUAGAAGAUUGAGAAUCAUAUUUGUAUUGAAUUUAUCAUAAAUUUAUUUGACAAAAUAACUAUGUAUAGAAAUUUACUCGAGAUAGAGCGGCUCAUAAAGCUUCUAAAAAUUGACAUUUAUAAGAUUUUAUUCAUAUCGAUCAUGUCGUAUUUCAUGCUUUUAAAAUUUAUUUGUAUUAGUCAGAUGAUAUUUUGAUUUUUUUUUUGUUUGAGAAUUUUUAUGUGAAGUGAUUAAGUGUAGUUGCAUGGUUUAACAUGUUGAUAUGGGAUUUGUAUUUUUUAUGGAAUUAUUGUUGUCGUCAGAACUAGUAUGUUAAGAAAUAUAUUAUAAUUUUAUUACCUUUAAAAAUGUUUUAAAAUGUUUGAUUUGUUUAUAUCAUAGUCAUUCUUUAUUUUCUCUUCUUUAAUUUCA